UGCAGCUCUCCUCCCUCUCCCUCUCCCUUUUCUCCCCCUCCCUCUGUGCGCACUAAGUAAGUUAGUCAUGGAAUCGAAGGUACUCUCUACCGGCGUCCGGCUUUCAAGCUUGCCGCAGAGUUACGUCAGACCGGAUUCUGAGAGACCUAGGCUCUCGGAGGUGAGCAACUGCGAAAACGUUCCGGUGAUCGACUUGUGUAGUGCGGACAAGGCCCAAAUAAUCCGACAAAUCGGUGCUGCAUGUCGUGCUUAUGGCUUCUUCCAGGUGAUCAACCACGGAGUGGAUUUGGAGUUAACGGAGAAAAUGCAACAGAUGGCGCAAGACUUUUUCAACCUACCGUUGGAUGAGAAGUUGAAGUACUAUUCCGAUGAUCCAUCAAAGACGCUGAGACUGUCCACUAGCUUCAAUGUGAAGAGAGAGACGGUUCACAACUGGAGGGACUACCUUCGACUCCAUUGCUAUCCUUUGGAAGAUUACGUGCACGAAUGGCCUGAUCACCCUUCUUCUUUCAAGGAAGUGGUGAGCACAUACAGUAGAGAAGUUCGAAAACUUGGGUUCAGAUUGCUGCAAGAAAUAUCGGAGAGUUUAGGGUUGGAAAGGGAAUAUAUGGGGAAGGUGUUGGGUGAACAAGCACAGCACAUGGCCAUAAAUUAUUACCCACCAUGUCCAGAACCGGAGCUGACUUACGGGUUGCCGGGCCAUACAGAUCCCAACGCCAUUACCCUCCUUCUUCAAGACAAACACGUGGCCGGCUUACAGGUGUUAAAAGACGGCAAAUGGGUUGCCGUCAAUCCUUACCCAAAUGCCUUCGUCAUUAACAUCGGCGAUCAGUUACAGGCACUGAGUAAUGGACGAUACAAGAGUGUGUGGCAUCGGGCGAUUGUGAACUCCGACAACGCAAGGAUUUCAGUGGCUUCGUUCCUCUGCCCUGAAAAUUGUGUGGUCAUCGAGCCGGCAAAGGAAGUGAACGACGACGGAUCCCAAGUGCCCCCCAUAUACAGGAGCUUUACCUAUGCGGAGUACUACAAGAAGUUUUGGAGCAGGAAUUUGGACCAAGAACAUUGCCUCGAGCUUUUCAAGAAAUGAAA